UGCUGACAAACACAACAACGAGGAAGAGAAUCCCUUCGGAACACUUAAGAAGAGUCCAAUCGACAAUGGAGUAGUUCUGUUUUGGAGUAUUUUUAAAGUUGUGUUAUUAGCUGUAGUACAGCAGACACAGGCAGACAUGUACCGCUGCAUGGCAAGGCUGGUUGAGCAGCGUUGGCAGUGCUCAGUCCGCUGUAUGAGUUCUGUAUCCAUGAAGAGGAGGGCUCUGCGCAGUGCCUUCCCGGUGCUGGAGCAGCCCCUGCAACCCAUCCAGCGACAUGUGUAUGAAGCUAAUCUCCAAAACAGCAACGCCUGCCAUAAGAAGUACAUGGAGUUAACUGAGAAGGUGAGAAAAGGUGGAGGGGCAAACGCCAUAGCCAGACACACGCAGAGAAACAGGAAGUUGCUGGUCAGGGAUCGGCUGCGCCUCCUUUUGGAUGAUGAGGACUUCCUUGAGCUGUCACCAUUCGCUGGUCUGGGUCUGCCGUACGGGGACAUCCCUUCAGCCGGAUGCCUGACUGGCAUUGGCAGGAUCAAUGACCUGUGGUGUGUGUUCAUUGCCAACGAUGCCACAGUGAAAGGCGGCACAGCGUAUCCAAUCACAGUGAAGAAGCAGCUACGGGCACAGGAAGUGGCGAUUCAGAAUCGCCUGCCUUGUGUUUACCUGGUCGACUCUGGAGGAGCUUUUCUACCACUGCAGUCAGAGAUCUUUCCUGAUAAGAACCAGGGAGGAAGGACGUUCUAUAACGAAGCCAUCAUGUCUGCCAUGAAGAUCCCACAGGUGUCAGUGGUGUGCGGGUCGUGCACGGCUGGUGGAGCUUACAUUCCCACAAUGGCGGAAGAGGCAGUGAUGGUGAACCGGAUAGGGACCAUAUUUCUGGGAGGACCACCACUUGUCAAGGCCGCCACUGGGGAGGAAGUUACACCAGAGGACUUGGGAGGAGCCAGGCUUCAUGCUGAGGUGAGUGGCUGUGUGGACUAUUUUGCCUGGGAAGAAAAGGAGGCGUAUGAUUACACCAGAAACAUCAUAUCCACCCUCAACUUCCAGCUGCCCGAGGAAAAGGAGGAGAGUGAGGAGGACAUAAAGAAGAGGAAAGCAGAGGAGGAGCCGCUUUAUAGUUCAGAGGAGCUGUUGGGGCUCGCUCCCACGAGUUAUAACUACAGUCUGGAUGUUAAAAUGGUAGUCAGUCGACUGACUGACGGGAGCCGCUUCCAGGAGUUUAAAGCUCGCUAUGGAACCACACUCAUCACUGGCUUCGCAAAGAUCCAUGGCCACUUGGUGGGAAUAGUGGCCAACAAUGGCGAACUGUCAUACCAGGCUGCACUGAAAGGCAGCCAUUUUGUCCAAUUGUGUGACCAGAGAGACAUCCCCCUCCUCUUCCUCCAGAACACAGCACCAGAAGCAGCUCUAACAUUAUCGACAAGACAGGCAGAGAUAAAUAGCAACCGUCUGAAGGCUCAGGGCUCAAUGAUGUCAGCAGUAGCAUGUGCCUCCGUCCCCAAAAUCACAGUGGUGAUAGGUGGCUGCCAUGGUGCUGACAGCUACGCUAUGUGUGGUCGGGCCUUUGACCCUAAUUUCCUGUUCCUGUGGCCCAACGCCAGAGUGGCAAUGACGGCUCCGGGUCACGCGGGCUCUCUGCUUCCCCCUGACAGUGAGCAAGAGGAAGAGAAGAAGAAAUGGGAGGAUGACUUUAACGGGAGGUUAAAGGAGGAGAGCUCAGCUUUCUUCUCCUCCAGCAGACUCUGGGACGAUGGAGUCAUUCUGCCUCAGGACACCAGGAAGGUUCUCAGACACUGCUUGGACAUCAUCAAACAGCAGCAGUAUCAGCUGUCCACAGAGAAACUGCAAUCGGCACUUCUGCGUAUGUAGAGGCCUCUUUCUUCACCUCACUUCCUCUGGAAACUACGAACAACUGUGCCUUUCUUUGUAAUUAAACUGUUGUAAACUGCUGUACCCAUUGGUCACUUUCACCAAUAUGCGCCAAGAGGAUCCACACCAAACUCUCGCCUGUUUUGUUGUGCCUUGUUUGUUCCUCCACUCACUUACACCACUGUCUUUAGUGCCAUCCACAGCGUUUGCCUGAUGUUUUCUAAAUAAAUCGGUUAAUAUAAGUGCAUUUUUAGUGUCUCUCCCAUAUUUGCCAUGGCCCUUUUUAAACCGGUUGUGACGGGAUGAUGAUGGCAUUAUCCUAAAAGCUGUCCUAAAUUAUCCAAAAAAUGAAGAAAGAGGAAUUGUAGCAGCCCUUGAAGAGAAUCAACAUUCUUUAAAUAACAAAUGCAUGUCUUUGCACACCAUACAGAAAUAUCUGUCCGAAGUGUAACAUGUGAAAUACAGAAGAUUAAUUGCCAAUCGUCUGAUGGACCAAACUUCAUUAAAGGUUUUAGAGAGUUCUCAGAUAUUGAACUGUUGGGAGCAGUUCAUAGGAAAUUAUAAACACAAAGGUUCUGUGGCUGCUCUGUAUAUACAUAUGAUAAUAAACACUUCUAUAACAAUA